AUGUCAAACAACAGCCGCGUUGCAAUUGUCACUGGUGCAGCGCGAGGGAUCGGCCGAGCUAUCGCGUUGGGGCUGGCCAAAGAUGGUAUAGACGUCGCUGUGAACGACCUACCCAGCAGCGCAGACGCUCUUGCAGACCUCGUGGAAGAAAUUCAAUUAUUGGGAAGACGGUCUGCAUCGAUCGCUGGUGAUGUUUCCGACGAGCAUAGCGUUAAGGGUAUGAUAUCGAGGACGGUAGAAGAACUAGGAGGACUAGAUAUUAUGGUUGCAAAUGCGGCAACGGCGAUGUUUGCUUCACUCAUUAAGAUGGACGUGGCGCAAUGGGACCGCAUUAUUUCGGUCAACUUACGUGGCAUGAUGUUGUGCUACAAGUAUGCAGCAGAACAAAUGAUCAAGCAAGGCCGUGGUGGCCGGAUAAUUGGCGCAUCCUCUAUUCUGGGAAAGAGAGGUGGGAGCGAAAUGUCUGCAUAUUGUGCCACAAAGUUUGCUAUUAGAGGCUUAACGCAAUCAUUAGCACUCGAGCUCGCGGAGCACAAGAUCACGGUAAAUGCGUAUUGUCCUGGAUUUAUUGAUACUCCCUUGGCUCGCAUACUCUUGGGGGACAAGAUUGUGAAUGGCCAACUCGAGGGAGUAGCAAGCUUGCCAAUGCUCACUGCUGGGGACCCGGAUGUCAUAGCAAGCAUCGUGUUGUAUCUUGUCAAGCCGGAGACAUAUUUCAUUACAGGGCAGUCCAUCAACGUAGAUGGAGGCAUACAAAUGGAUUAA